AUGACGACAAUAACAACAACAUCACAACCACCACCACCCUCGGGUCAAUUCCCCCUCCCAUCCCUCCUCCUCCACCCCUCCUCCACCACGCCAACCCUAAUAACCCAAGGCGCAGAAGCCCGCCUCUACCAAACAACCCACCUAACCCCCACCCGCGCCGCAGCCCUCAAAUACCGCCCUCCCAAACCCUACCGCCACCCGACCCUCGACGCCCGCCUGACCCGCGCCCGCAUCCUCGCCGAAGCCCGCGUCCUCGCAAAAUGCCGCCGCGAAGGCUGCUCCGUGCCCGCGUUGUAUGCCCUAGACGAGGUGGCGGGCUGGUUGAUGCUGGAGUGGAUCCCGGGGCAACCGGUGAGGGUGAGGAUUAACGAGUGGCUCGGGGAACGGACUACGGAUCCAACGGGCAUCAAAAACCUCAUGCGCAGAAUGGGCACAGCAAUAGGCCAAAUGCACAAAAUUGGCAUCGUCCACGGCGACCUCACAACAUCAAACAUGAUGCUCCAUCAAUCCCAAACAACCGAUCAUGAUCCCCUCGAAGGCCAAGUCUUCAUCAUCGACUUUGGCCUCGCAAGCCAAAGCACCUCGGACGAAGACCGCGCCGUCGACCUCUACGUCCUCGAACGCGCCUUUGGCAGCACUCACCCGCGUGCCGAGGCCUACUUCCAGGACGUCCUCGACGCCUACCGCGACUCGUACAAGCUGGCGCCCGUGACUCUCAAGAAGCUCGAGGACGUGCGGAUGAGGGGGCGCAAGAGGAGCAUGAUUGGUUAG